CUCGAAGAGCGCCUCUUCCGAGUUCACACAGUUUCUUUACUCGAAGACCUCGCACCCUUUUUCAAUGUCUCUUGAUGCACCUUGUGGGACGAGAUGUACUCUUUUCUUGACCGAGGAUUUUUUCCCAUCCUCAUGGGUUUUUUCCUCGGCAAGUUUUUAAUGAGGCAUCCCCCAUAGACGAGUUGGCAUCACAUUCUCCGACUGAUGGCAUUGCUUGCAUUACUUCACCGUGCUCGGGACAGCGAGUUGGCGGUGCAUUCUAGACAGUUGGGUCAUUCUUCCCUUUCAUGUUUACCGGAAAAGCUGCCGAAAAAGUUGCUGGUAGCGGAGUCCGUUCCUCCCAUGAAGGAUAAGGGAAAGGAGAUGUUGGAUGCUUGGACCACUGUUCAACUUGCAUCACAAACUGCAAUCUUCUUGAAUGCAAUUUCAGUGCUUCAGCUUUUACAUGGCAUGGGGUACGUAGCACUGUUUUGCAAAGACAGUUGGGAGGAGGUACCUGUCUUUGGAGCAAUGCAUUGUCUGUUCAAAAAACUUCAUCAUCUCAAAGCCAAACUCUCAGCUUGGAACAAGGAUCAAUUUGGCAAUAUUUUUGAGAUGGUCAAAGAGGCAGAGGAGGAGGCAUCCAAAGCUGAGAUUCUUUUUGAAGAGAAUCCCUCUUCUGAAAAUAAAACUCUUUAUAACCAGAAGAUGGCCCAGCUUGUAGAGAUGACCAAUAGGGAAUAUGCUUUCUGGAAACAGAAAUGUAAUCUUAAAUGGCUUCAAGAUGGUGAUGUUAAUAUCAAAUUUUUUCAUAAUCUGGUUAAGAAUAGAAGAAGACAGCAACAAAUUAAUCUGCUUAUUUAUGAUCAAGGAAAAAUCAUUGAUAAACCUGAUGAAUUAGAGGCUCUUGCUGUUCAACAUUACACCAAUCUCUUGAAUCAAGCAGAACCUUCUGGUUCUCCAGAACUCUAUGGGCAGUUUCUUGAUACCAUUCCUUCUUUGAUUGACCAGGGGCAUAAUGAUUUUCUUAUGAGCCUUCCUACUGAAGAAGAGAUCAAACAGAUCAUUUGGCAGAUGGAUCCUAAUUCAGCAGCUGGCCCAGAUGGUUUCAACAUUACUUUUUUCAGAAGUUGCUGGGAUUUCAUUAAAUCUGAUGUGGUAUCUGCCUGCCAAGAGGUCUUUCUUUGCCUUCAUCUACCACAAGCAGCAGCCUCCUCAAACAUUUGUCUUCUUCCUAAGGUGGAUAACGCUAGGAAGCUUAAUGAUUUUAGGCCUAUAUGCUUGUCCACUGUAGCCUCUAAGAUUGCUACAAAAUGCAUUGCUAGCAGGCUCAGUACUUUACUUCCUCUCAUUAUUUCAGAGGAGCAAGCUGCUUAUGUGCCAAGGAGGGAAAUUCUGGAUCAGAUCCUUAUCACUAAGGAGAUGGUUCAGCAUAUUAAUAGAAAGGUUAAUGGGGGUAACUUGAUAGUGAAGCUUGAUAUGGCUAAAGCCUUUGACAAACUUAAAUGGUCAUAUCUUUUUUAUAUUCUCAGAGGAGUUAAACAGGGUGAUCCCCUAUCUCCCCUCUUGUUUAUUAUUGCUAAUGAAGGGUUUUCCAGAAAUCUCAAUAGAUUGGUUGAAAAUGGGCUCAUUGGCAGGUCUGUCCUUAAUCUCAAAAAAUUUCUCCAUGACUACCAGAUGGUCUCUGGGCAGACCAUUAAUUAUGGCAAAAGCAGCUUUAUGACUGGCACAAAACUCAACUCACUAGCUACUUAUCUUGGGGUGCCUAAUGAUUUGGGGAUUACUAGGAAGAUUCACUGCUCCAAACUCAUCCCGUCAUUUGAUAAUAAAUUAAAUGGCUGGCUUCAGAAGAAUUUGGAUCAAGCUGGACGUUUGGUGCUCAUCAAGCAUGUUUUGAACACUCUUCCUAACUAUUUCUUGGGAGUCAAUACCAUUCCCAAGGCCAUCUCUCAUUUGCUUGAGCAGAAAAUGGCCAGAUUCUGGUGGGGUGGUGGUAACAGACAUCACUGGAUUAGUUGGGAGAAGUUCUGUUUCCCUAAGGAAGAGGGGGGUCUUGGCAUUAGAGAUCUUAAAAGCCUGGAGGACUCAUUCAGCCUUAAACUUUGGUGGAAAUUCCACCAAGACAAUGGUCUUUGGGCUAGGCUAAUGAGGUCCAAGUACUGGAGAGAGGGGGAUAUUUGGGAGGCCUUGACUGAUUCCCCAGUCUGGAAGAGGAUUUCUAGGAUUGAUGAAAUUGCUUCUAAUGCUUGUGCCGUCAAUGAAGAUGGAUCAAUGGUUUGGUCUCUUGAGGCAAAUGGUUCUUUUUCCCUCAAAUCUGCCUUUGAUUUUUGCAGGCCUUCUUCUCCCAUUGUGGCCUCUUUCAAAUAUCUUUGGAUGAAACCACAGAUUCCUAAGGUUGGGGUGUUCACUUGGAAACUCUUCAAACAUUGCCUCCCUAUUCCUGAAAAUCUGCAAAGAUUAGGAUUCCACCUGCCUUCUAUUUGCCCCUUCUGUAGGGCAGAUUCCUUUGCCUCUAAACAUGUGUUUCUUGACUGUCCACAGAUUGAGGAAGUUUGGAAACAUUUUUCUGCCUGCCUUGGUUUCUUGCACAGAUUCUCCUCCUCCAUCAAUCAACAUUUCAUGGAUUGGUGGCUUAGAGGAAAUUGCAACAACAUCUAUGGAUUUCUUCGUAUGCAUCUCCCGGGUAUCAUUUGUUGGCAUAUCUGGAAGGAACUUAAUGCUAUCAUUCAUGAAGGUAAAACUGAUUUCUCCUCAAGAACUCUCAUUGAUUCCAUAUCUAUGUUUGUGAGGCAAUGGUUGGCUGCUAAAAUUCCCAAAAAGCUUAAGGGUGCAGAUGCUUGGCUCAAUGAGAAGAAGUUACUGCCUUUCUUCCCUAAGGCCCAUAAAAUUCGAGUUGUUAAGUGGUUAGCUCCUCCUAAGGGGCGCCUCAAGCUUAACAUUGAUGCAUCCUUCACCUCUGGGUCCAAACGUGGUGCAGCGAUUCUUCGAGAUGAUGAGGGCAGAUUUGGGCAUAAUGAUUUUCUUAUGAGCCUUCCUACUGAAGAAGAGAUCAAACAGAUCAUUUGGCAGAUGGAUCCUAAUUCAGCAGCUGGCCCAGAUGGUUUCAACAUUACUUUUUUCAGAAGUUGCUGGGAUUUCAUUAAAUCUGAUGUGGUAUCUGCCUGCCAAGAGGUCUUUCUUUGCCUUCCUCUACCACAAGCAGCAGCCUCCUCAAACAUUUGUCUUCUUCCUAAGGUGGAUAACGCUAGGAAGCUUAAUGAUUUUAGGCCUAUAUGCUUGUCCACUGUAGCCUCUAAGAUUGCUACAAAAUGCAUUGCUAGCAGGCUCAGUACUUUACUUCCUCUCAUUAUUUCAGAGGAGCAAGCUGCUUAUGUGCCAAGGAGGGAAAUUCUGGAUCAGAUCCUUAUCACUAAGGAGAUGGUUCAGCAUAUUAAUAGAAAGGUUAAUGGGGGUAACUUGAUAGUGAAGCUUGAUAUGGCUAAAGCCUUUGACAAACUUAAAUGGUCAUAUCUUUUUGAUAUUCUCAGGAAGAUUCACUGCUCCAAACUCAUCCAGUCAUUUGAUAAUAAAUUAAAUGGCUGGCUUCAGAAGAAUUUGGAUCAAGCUGGACGUUUGGUGCUCAUCAAGCAUGUUUUGAACACUCUUCCUAACUAUUUCUUGGGAGUCAAUACCAUUCCCAAGGCCAUCUCUCAUUUGCUUGAGCAGAAAAUGGCCAGAUUCUGGUGGGGUGGUGGUAACAGACAUCACUGGAUUAGUUGGGAGAAGCUCUGUUUCCCUAAGGAAGAGGGGGGUCUUGGCAUUAGAGAUCUCAAAAGCCUGGAGGACUCAUUCGGCCUUAAACUUUGGUGGAAAUUCCACCAAGACAAUGGUCUUUGGGCUAGGCUAAUGAGGUCCAAGUACUGGAGGGAGGGGGAUAUUUGGGAGGCCUUGACUGAUUCCCCAGUCUGGAAGAGGAUUUCUAGGAUUGAUGAAAUUGCUUCUAAUGCUUGUGCCGUCAAUGAGGAUGGAUCAAUGGUUUGGUCUCUUGAGGCAAAUGGUUCUUUUUCCCUCAAAUCUGCCUUUGAUUUUUGCAGGCCUUCUUUUCCCAUUGUGGCCUCUUUCAAAUAUCUUUGGAUGAAACCACAGAAUCCUAAGGAAGCAAAUUCUUCUCCUACAGAUGCUUCAUUGGACAACUUGCAGCCUAGUUAUUUAUAUGAUGAAGAUGACGUGCAGAUUCCAGCCAGGGGGGGUUUUGCUCCAGCCGCUACUCCCCAGUCCACUGCCGAACUGCCGAAGUCCAUUGUUGAAGCCCAGCCUACUGUCAAUGUCCAGCAUGAACUGCCGAAGUCCACUGCCGCAGCACAGUCUGCUGUCCAGCCCGAACUGCCGCAGCCCAGUCUGCCGAAGUCCACUGUCGAACUGCCGGCCACUGCCGACGUCCAACCGGUCCUUCCCAGUGCCGAAUCAGCCCCUGUUUUGGGUCGCAGCCAGCGACAACGGACUCCUAAUGUGCGCCUAAGUGAUUAUCAGACCUAUGCUGUCACACAUGGUGUUGCCCCUGAGAUUCCAAAUUGUAAGUAUCCUUUGACACAUUACAUUGGAUAUGCUAAGUUUUCGGCGGGUCACCGGGCUUAUUUGGCUGCUGUGGAUUCUGGACAUGAGCCCCAACUUUAUAAGGAGGCUGUGAAGUCGCCGCAUUGGCGGCAAGCAAUGACUGCCGAGAUCGAUGCACUAUAAAAGAAUGACACUUGGCAACUUG